AUGUCCGAGCCCAAGGCCAUUGAUCCCAAGUUGUCGACGACGGACCGGGUGGUGAAAGCUGUCCCAUUUCCUCCAAGUCACCGGCUCACAGCAAAGGAAGUGUUUGAUAACGAUGGGAAACCUCGUGUGGAUAUCUUAAAGGCACAUCUCAUGAAGGAGGGCCGGCUGGAAGAGAGUGUUGCAUUGAGAAUAAUAACAGAGGGGGCUUCCAUUCUUCGACAGGAAAAAAAUUUGCUGGAUAUCGAUGCACCAGUCACAGUUUGUGGGGACAUCCAUGGACAAUUCUUCGACUUGAUGAAGCUCUUUGAAGUGGGGGGAUCUCCUGCCAACACUCGCUACCUCUUCUUAGGGGACUAUGUUGACAGAGGGUACUUCAGCAUCGAAUGUGUGCUGUAUUUGUGGGCGUUGAAAAUUCUUUACCCAAAAACACUGUUUUUACUUCGUGGAAAUCAUGAAUGUAGACAUCUAACAGAAUAUUUCACAUUUAAACAAGAAUGUAAAAUAAAGUAUUCAGAACGCGUCUACGACGCCUGUAUGGAUGCCUUCGACUGCCUGCCCCUGGCUGCUCUGAUGAACCAGCAGUUCCUGUGCGUGCAUGGCGGUCUGUCUCCAGAGAUUAACACGUUGGACGAUAUCAGAAAAUUAGACCGAUUCAAAGAACCACCUGCUUAUGGACCUAUGUGCGACAUCCUGUGGUCAGACCCCCUGGAGGACUUCGGCAAUGAGAAGACUCAGGAACAUUUCACUCACAACACAGUCAGGGGGUGUUCGUACUUCUACAGUUACCCGGCUGUUUGUGAAUUCUUACAGCACAAUAACUUGUUAUCUAUCCUCCGAGCCCACGAAGCCCAGGACGCAGGGUAUCGCAUGUACAGGAAAAGCCAGACAACAGGCUUCCCUUCUCUUAUUACCAUUUUCUCAGCACCAAACUACUUAGAUGUAUACAACAACAAAGCUGCAGUAUUGAAGUAUGAGAACAACGUCAUGAAUAUCAGGCAAUUCAACUGUUCUCCUCAUCCAUACUGGCUUCCAAAUUUCAUGGAUGUUUUCACUUGGUCUCUUCCAUUUGUUGGGGAAAAAGUGACUGAGAUGCUGGUAAAUGUCCUCAACAUCUGUUCAGAUGAUGAACUAGGGUCAGAAGAGGAUGGAUUUGAUGGAGCCACAGCUGCAGCCCGGAAGGAGGUGAUAAGGAACAAGAUCCGAGCAAUAGGCAAAAUGGCCAGAGUGUUCUCGGUCCUCAGAGAGGAGAGCGAGAGUGUGCUGACGCUGAAAGGCCUGACGCCCACAGGCAUGCUCCCCAGCGGCGUGCUCUCUGGAGGGAAGCAAACUCUGCAAAGCGCUAUCAAAGGAUUUUCACCACAACAUAAGAUCACUAGCUUCGAGGAGGCCAAAGGCUUAGACCGAAUUAACGAGAGGAUGCCACCUCGCAGAGAUGCCAUGCCCUCCGACGCCAACCUUAACUCCAUCAACAAGGCCCUCGCCUCAGAGACUAACGGCACGGACAGCAAUGGCAGUAAUAGCAGCAAUAUACAGUGA